UAUCGGUACGCUUCAAGAAUGAGUUAUAUGACACCGGAAAAUUCUCUCGAGCUGGACCAGCAGUUUGCUGGUCUAGGCCUGAGCUCCUCAGAUAAUCCAAGUGGAGGAGGAAAUACAGCAAGCAAAGGGCGCUAUAUACCUCCUCACUUAAGAAACAGAGAAACUUAUAAAGGAGUCUAUGAUAAAGACAAUUCAGGAUGGAGCUGUAAAGAAAAAGAUGCAUAUAGCAGUUUCGGAUCUCGUGACUCAAGAGGAAAACCCGGUUACUUUAGUGAUCGUGCAAGUGGAUCAAGAGGAAGGUUUGAGGAUCGUGGACGUAGUGGCUAUGAUGGCAUUGGCAGUCGUCGUGACAGGACUAGCUUUGGCAAAUUUGAACGUAGUGGAUAUGGUCGCUGGUAUGACAGAACAGAUGAAGAUGAUUGGUCAAAACCUCUUCCUCCAAGUGAACGCUUAGAACAGGAACUCUUUUCUGGAGGAAAUACUGGGAUUAACUUUGAGAAAUACGAUGACAUACCAGUAGAGGCGACUGGCAAUAAUUGUCCUCCGCAUAUUGAAAGUUUCAGUGAUAUUGAAAUGGGAGAAAUUAUCAUGGGGAACAUUGAGCUUACUCGUUACACUCGUCCUACUCCAGUGCAAAAAUAUGCAAUUCCUAUUAUCAAAGAAAAAAGAGACUUGAUGGCUUGUGCCCAAACAGUGGAUAUGAUGGAAAGAGGGAAGAUUGGAUUAGACUUUUGCAAAUACUUAGUUUUGGAUGAAGCAGACCGGAUGCUGGAUAUGGGAUUUGAACCUCAAAUACGUCGCAUAGUUGAACAAGAUACUAUGCCACCAAAGGGUGUUCGCCAUACUAUGAUGUUUAGUGCUACUUUUCCUAAGGAAAUACAGAUGCUUGCUCGUGAUUUCUUGGAUGAGUAUAUCUUCUUGGCUGUAGGCAGAGUUGGCUCUACCUCUGAAAAUAUCACGCAGAAAGUAGUUUGGGUGGAAGAGUCAGACAAACGGUCAUUUCUGCUUGACCUUCUCAAUGCAACAGGGAAAGAUUCACUGAUCUUAGUAUUUGUGGAAACCAAAAAAGGUGCAGAUUCUCUGGAAGAUUUCUUGUACCACGAAGGAUAUGCUUGUACCAGCAUCCAUGGAGACCGAUCACAGAGAGAUAGAGAGGAGGCCCUUCACCAGUUCCGCUCAGGAAGAAGUCCAAUUCUAGUGGCUACAGCUGUAGCAGCAAGAGGACUAGACAUUUCAAACGUGAAACAUGUUAUCAAUUUCGACUUGCCAAGUGAUAUUGAAGAAUAUGUACAUCGCAUAGGUCGUACAGGACGAGCAGGAAACCUUGGCCUUGCCACCUCAUUCUUUAAUGAAAGAAAUAUAAAUAUCGCCAAAGAUUUGUUGGAUCUUCUUAUUGAAGCAAAACAAGAAGUGCCAUCUUGGUUAGAAAGUAUGGCUUAUGAGUACCAGUACAAGGGUGGUAGCCGUGGCCGUUCCAAGAGAUUCAGUGGAGGAUUUGGUGCCAGAGACUAUCGACAAAGUGGUGGUGCCAGCAGUUCUAGUUUGUGUAGUAAUCGUGCAAGCAGCAGCCGCAGUGGUGGAGGUGGUCAUGGCAGCAGCAGAGGAUUUAGUGGAGGUGUCUAUGGAGGCUUCUACAGUAGUGAUGAAUAUGGAGGAAAUUAUAACUCUCAGGGAGUUGACUGGUGGGGCAACUAA